AUGGAGGGAGGCUCGGUGGGUCGGUUGGAAGAGGCCUUCCAGGAGGUUUCGCUCGGAGGGAAGAAAGGCACUUUUUUUCUGACUUCAAAAGCCCUAGCUUUUAUCACCCGUGUCGACGGCUCUUCGGCCCAGGAAGGUGGACAGGAAGGAGGUGGUGAGAAGAAAGAAAGCGAAGACCUGCCGGAGCCGGCGGGAUCGGACAAAACCCAGUUCGAGCUCCAGCUCCUCGUGUGGCUGCAGCAAUGGACGUCGACAGAAAGGUCGAAGAAGAGCGCAAAAGCUCGCCUGACAUUCUCCAACGCCGCCGUCCUCCCUUCUGCGUCUGCAUGCGUUCCGGCCACGAGCACGGCGGUCCUCGACUUCGGAACCGACCGUGGGAAGAUGGACGCUGCAUGCAACCUCUUGCAGCAGCUCCACACCGCGGAACGCCACAGACACCCUGUCUCGCUGCACGCCUGCGACGCCAGUUCUCAAGAGCGGCAGGUUUUCCUGGAGGACUUGAAAAGCGCUCUGGCCCUCCCGGCGACGUCGGAUCUGCAUGCGUCGCUCUCACUGCGCGUCCUUCUGCUUCCCGCUGCCUUUGCCGCGAUCGCCGCACCGAGCUCGAGGUCGCCUUCUCUUCCAGGCGCCGAAGUCGCGCAAGAGAGCGAAAGAGCCUCGGUCGCGCCGGGCUGCGCAACCCCUCCCAGAGUCCAGAGCGGACGCACGCCUGACCCUGCCGGUACACCUGGGUCAGGUGUACAUACACCUGGUGGACAGGGCGAGGGCCGACAGGAGGGUGUCUCCGACUCGGGCAAAAAACGGGGCGUGGCCUCAGGCCUGGGAUCCCGCGGAGACGAUUCUGCUCCAGGACUGCCGAAGCGAACCAAGAGUGCGAGCGGCCCCGGCAAAGACCAGCAAAAGCCAGCUAAACUUCAGCAACCGUCCCUUUCUUCCCCCCCCACCCCUCUUGCCGCUGCUCCAGUGGGGGUUCGCCCUCGUCUGCAUCUUGAGACAGUGGAGAGAUUCGAGAGCUUGCGGGAAGAGCGCGAAGUGGUAGCCACGCGGCGCAGUUUGCUGCAGAAGAACGCAGUUUUGCGAAACCUGUAUCAGUUUCUUGUCGGCGAGCCAGACGAAAGCGACCUCGGCGACAGGUCAAACGAAGCUGACCCAGACACCGGAGACGCAGCGAAUGGAAGAAGCCUUUCAGCUGGAAAAAACGUGAAGAAGGGAAGAGAGGGCCGCACACCAGGAAAGGUGCUGAGCCGCGAGGAAUUCUGGAAGCUCCAUGAGACCGAUGUCGUGGCACACCGCGCACAACUCGCUCCGGAUCCGCCCGCGUCCGCGUUUCUGAUUCGGCCACCGCAGUUUGAGUACGUCGGAGGCAGCGGCACAGGGGGAUCGGAGAAACCUUCGCUGUUCGUGGAUUGCAGCGAGCAAAUGCUGGAGGCGAUUCUCGAGGAAGACCCGCGGAUCCACGAGGUGUACAGACAGCUCGUCCCCACAGGACGGAUCACGCGCGAGAAGUUCUUUGAGCGUCUCUUCCAGUCCAAGUAUUUCCAAGAAUUCCUCGGCCUUCCUGCUAGAGCCAGUGCGGUGGGCCACACUGCGCUCGACGGCCUUUCAGGCGACGACGCCGGCGCCCUCAUCAACCUCUCCAACACCGCCCCCACCAUCCUCGCUCCAUCGCCCCAGACGGUCCUCGAGCUCGCAACGCCUUCCGAGGAUCUCAUCAGCACAGAGGCCUUUCGCCUGCGGGGAUUUGGAACCGCUGACGGCCUCAACUCGUUCGGCGGAGACUUCGUCGACUCGACUGGCGCCACCGUCCGCACGACCUCUGCACUCGAUCCCCAGGCCGACGCUCUUCCCGGCGUCCCGAGCACCCGCCGACCCUUGCAGAGUCGGCUGCUCGAGCGCUUCAAUCGCCAGUCCCACCGUCUCCUCCUGCAGCACAUGUUGCCUCCGACCGCGGUCGCGGCGCAGCAGACAGGGCCCGGAGCCCCAAGCGGCGGCGAGAGCGCGACCGCCGGGGAGCUUGCGCGAGUUCACGAGCAGCUGCAGUUGCUCGCCGACCAGGAACAGAAGAUCUUUGGGGCGCAGCAGGAAAACCGACGAAGCCGGCAAGGCCCCAGCGGAAAGGCCCCGCGACCCCACACGCGCCCGACAGAGACGGGUCCAGCUUUGAAGAACCACCGAGUCGCCGAAGACAUUCGACUAUCUGACCUUGCGGCUCCAGAGACAGUCUCCUACCAGCGUCUCGAGGUCAGCCGGCGCCAGCUCUACGCGGCGGGGAGUCGCACGGCGCCUUGGCUCUUAGCGAAGACCCGAGCCGCCGCUGCUGCAUGCGUCGAAGGGGAGACUUCGAGGCCUGCCGACAACGCGACCAGCGGUGACGCGGCUCAGCGGGAGAGCGCGGCGCGAGAAGCCGAGAAGCACGAGGCGGAAGAGUGGAUUCGAAGCGCCGCGCAGAGAGUCGAGGGGCACACGGUGACGCCCGGGGCUGCGUUGUAUGAAACGGGGCGGUACAUGUUUGUCUUCAACACCAAGCUUUGCCAGAGCGAGAAGGUGGCUCACGUCGCAGCGCUGGACUACGAGCCGGUGACAGUGAGCGCAGUGCGUGUACACCAGGCGCGAGUGACGGAGCUCCUGCAGCACUUUUACGCCUCGGCUGUCCCUGACGAAGAAAAGCGCAAGCGAAUUAUUCAGGCUCUCGACGCCACGAAGAACGAACUGGAGAGAACGCAAGAGAGCACCUUCGGGCCGUACACGGGAGCGGCAACCAAGGCGUUGUGCAUGCCGUUGUUUGAUCAAAUAAAUGCGGCCAAGUUGCAUCACAACAAGCUGAAAAAGCUGCUGUCGGAUUUGCGGGCGCAGAGGAAGUCGCACCAUUUGCGGCACGCAGCACUAACACAGCCUCCAGCUCCUCAGCCGGACGAGCGGCGAGAGGCAAUCUCCGCUGGCUCGUAA